GUACCUGCUGGGCGGGACUGCUCCCGAGCGCCCUCCCCCACGCCCCCCCCCCACCCGGGGCGCGAGGCCCCGACCCCGCCCCUUGCUGGCGGCGGGUUUCCGGCAGCUCUGGCUAUUAUAAGAAGCGCGCUGCGCGGAUCGCUUAGCUCUCAGUGUUCUGCUCUGCGGCGACAACUUUGUCUUCCUCCUUCCCUCUGGGGCCCCGCCAGCAUGGGCCCCCGGCUCCCCUCGCCGCUCGCCGCCGUCCUGCUGCUCUUGGCCGGCGUCGGCCCCGCGCACUGCGACACACCUGCCAACUGCACCUACCCUGAGCUGCUGGGCACCUGGGUCUUCCAGGUGGGCCCCGCUGUUUCUCAGCGCGACGUCAACUGCUCGGUUAUGGGCCCACCAGAAAAAAAAGUAGUGGUGCACCUUAAGAAGUUGGAUACAGCAUAUGAUGAUUUUGGCAAUGCCGGCCACUUUACCAUCAUUUACAAUCAAGGCUUUGAGAUUGUGUUGAAUGACUACAAGUGGUUUGCCUUUUUUAAGGAUGUCACUGAUUUUAUCAGUCAGUUGUUCAUGCAGCUGGGAACUGUGAGGGUUCAUGAUUUGAGACAUCUGAGGAACAAACUGGUUAUUAAAUAGAGCAUCUGUUGAGGGGAUCUUUUAAAACCACAGCCAAAAACAGACUGGGGCUAAGAGGCAGAGCAGCACGCAGCCGCGGACCUUCUUCCCUCUAACAGCUAGCUGAGGCCUCUAGCAGCUACAUUCCCCUUCUGGAGUCUUUCUGUGCAUGUAAAAUGCUGAGGAGUCCUGGUGACCAGACCUACCUCCAAGGCAGCUGCCCUCCUGAACCAUUUCCUUGGAAAGCAGCAACCGCCAUUUUGAAAUGUGAACAACCAGAGACUACAAAGGGAAAAGAAAGACAUCUGGAAGUCUUAGGUGGCCUCACCAUUCAGUCUUGGAAUAAAAGGAACAAUAUGCAACUGAAGUUUUUCCUUUUUGAAUAUUCUUCUAUUGAAGUGAUUUUUCCAGACUCAUUAGGAUUUGAAUUUUGUGUUGUAUUUUGUUCAUAGUGCAAGUUUUAUUCCCAGUUAAAUUAUCUUCUUGUGUGCAUUCCUUUCUUUAAUUAUCUUGAGGAACCAUAGGACCCAUUGUAAGAAGAAAUUCAUGCUUCAGAAUAUCUUGAGAUGCAUGGAUCUAAUUGGUGGAAAGAUAGUUCUACAGAGGACAUGUUAGGGGGGCAGGCUUUCUGAGAUGAGUCUAACUACUUAACGGGUAUCUCUGUAGCUCAUAGGCCUGCAGUACCCUGGCCAGAAAGAUGGGGUGAUUAAUACAUUUUUUGGUCAGUUUUUUUUUAAUUAGGUGCCAGUUUUGUAUAAAGAACUUGAUAUAUAUUACCUUACAAGAAUCUUAUGAAGUAGAUAUUAUGAGCUUCAUUUUACAGAUAGGAAAAAUUAGUCUCUGACUGUGCAUCUAAUUGUAAAAUGGCAAGGGCUAGUCUUUCAAGCCUACGACCUCCCUGGGGCUAAAGAGUAAAUAUAAAUCAUGGUACCUGGAGUGACAUUUCAGUGGAUUUUCUGGAGACACCCACUUAAUAAGCAUUAUGAAUGUUAGUUUAAUGGAAUGAAGUAGGCAUUGCAUUGGCUCCUCUUGAACAGUUUACAACUUAGAUUUCCUCACCAAAUGAGGCUAUUCUUUCUUUUCAAAACCAGGGUCCUUUCAUUCAAGACAAAAACUUAGCUUUUUUCCUUUUGUAUUCUAACAAAUUGGAAGGAAGGUUCUGAAACCGUCAUAUUAAGUAGCAUUGCCUAGUUGACUUCUCUUAAUUAAACUGUUGUUCUCCCUGAUUGCUAUCUUUUAACUCUUGCCUACUAAACAGUGGACUAGUUUCCUGCUCCAUUAUUCAGAACUAAUGAAUAUCAGCCUUGGUAAACUGAAAAUGUGAAACCACACCUAGUCCCUAUUUUCUGGGAGGUCUUUUGUCCUGUAUCUUUGCUUGAAUGGAAGAAUCUCUAGAUACCAGAUUUUUAUCAUUUUAUUGGCUCAGAGAACUUUUUGUGACCUCUUAGUGGCACUAGUCUGCUAUUCUGGAAAGGUUAUCUCAGAAAGGUGAAGUAACUGUAUACCCAACUACUUCUGCCUGGGUACCCUUCCAUCCUACCUCUGUACCUGAUAAUUCAUUACUCAGGACUUUGAUGUCCCCUCCAUGAGACCCUUCCCUGCUCUCUCCAUUGGUAGGAGAACUGCCAUAGUUUUGGUUCACAUUGUGCUUGCAGUUUUCUGCUCCUGUAAUUCUACACUAACUGCUGUAAUGGAGAGAUUUGAUAGCACAUCUUCCAGAAUGAAAAGCUGUAUGUCACCCUGUGUAUCUUCAGAACCUGAUCACAUUGAACUUUAUAAGUGUUUGGAAAAUUGAGCACACUUCUCUUGUCUUUUCAAAGAAUUUUCACAGGUAAUAUCAGCUUACAAAGAUUUAAUUCUUUUGGAUUCUAGAA